GAACUUGUCUAAGUCCCAAGUGCCCACCAACAGUGGAACGCGGCUAGGCAACGACUGGCUCGUACGAGUCACGGCACGGACCCUGCAUGAUUAAUAGCUCUCUCUCUCUCUCUUUCUCUCUUUCCUUCCAUUCAAUCUAACCAUUUUCUUCCACUCAUCUGCACACUUAAUUUGACUUGACUCUCCCUUUCCCUCUCUAACACUUCUUCUUCCUCUGCUUUUUGCUACUCCUAAAUAAAAUUCUUCUCUAGACUCUCUUCCCAUUCAUUUCAUCUCAAAAAUGGCUUCUUUUUCCCUUCUUUCUUUCACCCUUUCCUUCUUUCUCUUCUUCUUCUCUCCUUCUCUCUGCACCAAUUCUGAAGGAAAUGCUUUGCAUGCUUUGAGAAGCAGGCUCUCUGAUCCAAUCAAUGUGUUGCAGAGCUGGGACCCAACUCUGGUCAAUCCCUGUACCUGGUUCCAUGUCACCUGUGAUUCCAAUGGUCAUGUGAUUCGCUUGGAUUUGGGGAAUUCUAACAUUUCUGGGUCUUUGGGACCAGAGCUUGCGCAGCUUCAGCAUCUAAAAUACUUGGAGCUUUACAGGAACAACAUAGGAGGGAAAAUUCCCAAGGAGUUGGGAGAGUUGAAAAAUCUUGUGAGCAUGGAUCUGUAUGACAAUAAAUUUGAAGGAGAAAUACCCAAGUCCUUGGCCAAGUUGAAGUCACUCAAAUUCCUGCGGCUAAACAACAACAAGCUGACUGGAUCUAUUCCAAGGGAGCUCACCACCCUCAAAGAUCUCAAAGUUUUUGAUGUGUCUAAUAAUGAUCUCUGUGGAACAAUUCCAGUUGAUGGUCCUUUUUCAACUUUUCCCAUGGAAAGUUUCGAGCACAACGAGCGGCUUAACGGACCGGAGCUGAAAGGACUGGUGCCUUACGACUUCGGAUGCUGAAGCGAAAACCAGCUUGGUUUAGUCUAUAGUUGAUCUUACCGUAAGGAGUUGUGAUGCUAAGAGCCAUCUGUAUGAUAAAAUAGAAGAGUAAUAUGUCUUAUUAACUUUGUACUUGAUGAUGACUCAACAUAUUUAUGUACAAGUAUUGAAGCAAUGAAAUAAGAUGGCUGCUCAAGAUUUCCAA